AUGAAUCAGUUGAAAUUUAUUAGAUCAAAGAGUACAACAAGAUCAAGUCCAUUAAAAAGAAUCCACUAAAAGUUAAGAUAAGUUUAAAAACCAGGAAAACUUAAUGUUAGUGUUGGAAAAAAUAGAUAAUCUUCUGAAAAUAAAGAACCAGUACAUAUAUCAACUCCUAAAGAAAAAGUCUAAAAAAUACUUCAAUUAUUAUCAAUACAUUAAAGAAAUAUUAAAAAAUCCUAUUUAGAAACUCCAGAAAGAACUUAAUCGUUUGUUCCUCUAUCGCAUGAAAGAAAGUUAUUCAACGAAUCUAUUAAACUCUAAGAUUCUGCUUAUGGAAUCUAUAUGAACAAUAUAUAUCAUAGAUAGACAUUAAAUGAUAAAAUGAUUAAUCUCUAGCCUAAAAUGGAAGAAAGUACAAUUACAGAAAAAUUAGACGCUUUCUAAUUGAAAUUAUUGAAAAUGAAUUCGUCUGAUCAAACUACUUUUGAUUAAUUAUCUCCAUCAGCUACAUUAUAUGGCAAUGCAGCUAUUUCAUAAUUCAAUUACAAAAAAGAAAUUUUACAAUAAAGCUAUUAAUUCAACCAAAAUCAUAACACAGAUCUAAAAUAAAAAAAAAAUUAAUAAAUUCUUAUUUAAAGUAACCCUCAAAGCAAAACUCACUCUAGAAAAAAUUCUAUUAAAACAUAAACUAAGGAAAAUGUUAAUAAUUUAGUUUCUAAUGAUUAAGUUAAUAAGAAAAAUGAUUCAAAUAGUAAUUAUGAUGAAAUAAUUUUGGAAAUAUACCCAUAAUUUUUGAAAUAAUGUCAAUAAAAUGCUAUCACAAAAAAAACUAUAGUUGAAUAAACUGAAGAGGAAGAACAUUUACCCACUAAAUUAAGUACUAAAUCUCCAUAAUAAUAAAAAGCUCAGCUCUAUAGUGAAUUAUUAACAGAUAAAUCCUUGGUAAUAGUAUCACCAAAAGUUGUCAGAGAUAUGGAAAUGUAAACUAGUUUUACUUAACCUAUGAAAAAAUCUCAGGAAACUGUUGGAAAAUAACAAACUAUAUAAACCUAAUUUGAUACUGUUAAUGCAUCUGUCUAAACAAAAUUAAAAAAAAAAAACCUUGGAUUAUUUCAAUACUAAUUUUCAUAUUUAUCACCUUAAAAUAACAACAAUCGUUAAGAUAUUGACUUAUUAUCUUUAGAGGAUUUCCAAUCAGAAAUUUUACAUCGAACUUAAAGUGAAUUUGAUAAAGAUUUUCAUCAUGGAGGUAAAAACAUGUUGGGAUAAGAAGUUAAAAGUCCAAAAAUUAAAGAUUUUAAUUUUCAUCCAUAAAUUAUGUAAAUAAAACAGUAAAAUUAAUAAUAAAAUGAUAGUAGGUAAAUAUUUAUAAUAACUAAUCAGAUCAUUUUUGUUAAGUCAAAAAAGCAAUUUGUAUUUAUCAAAAGAGUAAUUAUUAGAUCCAUAAGAUGAUAAUCAUCCCUAUUAUUUAUAAGCAGAUCCAAAAGAAAUUAAUUCCAAUUUCUAUUUAAAAUAAUACUAACCAGAAAAUUCAUCAUAAUAAAAUUCAAAAUAAAGUAGUGUAAAUUGCUCAAAAAAUAAAAUAGAAAAAGGUUCAUCAUUUUCUAGUACUUAAAAUUAUAAAGAUCAUUUAAAUAUAUUAAUAAAUUAAUCGUAAUAAUAAGGGAAUGUAAAAACAAGUUAAAAUUAUCCUUAUUUAAAUUAAAGCAAUUAAUAAAAAAAUAAAUAAAAAUACCCAAUUAGAACUACUUCAGUUAGUAAUAAAAAAACAAAGAAAAAAUAAAGCUGUAUAAGUACUAAAUAAUGA